AAAGCUCCUCUUCCUUCCCACACUUCCUUAGGGCCUCUUCCCACAGCAGCCCCUGCACUGCUGUGCCUGCUCCAGCACUUCACCAGGCACGGGAGAGGAACCAGGAGGAACCCACCAGGCUGAAGGAUGCGCGGGCUGCGGUUCAUCUCUGCGGUGGGAUUUGCCACGCUGCUCUUCCCGGUGAUCCAAGGGGGAGCGUGUCCCUCCUCCUGCAGCUGCGGGUCCCCGGGAGGGUCCCGGGGGCUGCACGUGGACUGCAGCUCGCGGGGGCUGCGGGCAGUGCCCGGCCUGCCCCGGGACACCCGCAGCCUGGACCUCAGCAACAACAGCCUGAGCCGCGUCCCCGCGGGAGUCCUGGACACCCUGCCCGGCCUGGAGCGCCUGGACAUGGCUGGGAACCCCUGGCACUGCGACUGUCACAUCCUGUACCUGAAGCUCUGGCUGCAAGACUUGUCUGCACCCUCCCUUGCCAGCGUCAGGUGUGCCAGCCCAGCUCCCAUCAGGAUGAAGCCCCUGGCAGAGCUGACUGGGAACGAGCUGGGGAUGUGCAAGAGGCUUCUCCCAGUCAGGUGUCUGGGGUUCUUCUGGCGAGACCUCAUUUUAAUUGCUGGAGCAAUAAUUACACUUCUUUUAGUAGCAUGGGCUCUGAAAUUCUCCAAAAAGCUCGUCUGCCAACUGAACCUCGGCCGGUACGGUGCCAGGGGCCGCCUGCUGAGGAGACACAACUCCAAAAGCCACAAGGCACACUGAGCUGGGCACUGCCACAGCUGGAACAGAAACAUCCAACUCCUCUACGAGCAAAGCAAGUGCACUGGCAACACUGGUUUGAAUGGUGACUGCUACAAACAGUUCGCAGGGCUCAAAGGCUGGGUCCUGGGAUGGACAAGCUUGCCUGAAUGAGGGACUCCUGGUGAGGUGUUGACAGGCAAGGUUCAUUCUGCUGCCACUACUCAUGUGAAGAGCAUUUCUGCUAAAUUUUUUUCUAAAUUUUUUUUUUAAAUUUUUUUAAAUCAUUCAACUUAGCAUUUUCCACUGAAUUCUCAGCUCUUAUAGCAAGCAGAUUUACAUCCCCAAAUCCUACACUUUUUAAUAUAUGGAGAUGAACAUCAAUUGUACUAUUUUAGCAAUUCUUUUCUCAUUCACAAGUUCUAUGAGUUUGCAACCCCUUACCCUCUCUGUGUCCCACUGGGCUUGGUAGGACCAUUCUUGUGUGCAGACAAACUCAGCCACCUCUUCCCCAGCUUCAGGAGUUUUCUGCCAGCAAAACCAUUAUGAUUAUAUAGACCAGCCACUGAAUGCAUCCCUUACUGAAUACAUUUAAAGUUGGACUGGUAAAGAGAAUAUAACCAGUAAAAAUAAUCUUAAAUAUUAUUGAAUUUUCUGGAGAGUGAAAAAUAAAAAAGCAUUUUAUGUGAAAUCGAAAUAAUGGACGUUUAUUGAACAUUCAUACUCGCCCAACUUUCUCUUACACAAUUCUAAACGCUUCUGAUUAAAAUUCUAAGACAUUUCCAGAACUUGUCUUGCAGUUUUACUACAGACAUUUGAUGCUCUGGAUUUGAUGUGUAACAGUUUUGAGAGGAUGUACACUCUUCCCUUCUCCUCUUGUGUGCCCAUCCUCAUAGAAAAACUGUUGUGGUAACUCAAGCAAUUGUUUUCUCCCCAGCCUAAAUCCCAAGAGUCCAAGGCCAGCAAUUCCUGCUGUGACUCCACCUGCUCUGGUGAAGUCAGGCCAGUGAGAUGGGAGAGCUCUGAAGAUCUAAAAUUAAUCUACUGUUGGCAGUUCAGUUGAAGACACAAUUUGCAAACGCUCCUCCUGACUCCAAACCUGAGCUCGGUUCUAGAGGCCACCUGGUGAAGGUGCCAAAGGCUGUUUGGCUCUGCACCAAGCUCCCUGUGAGCUGGGUGGGCUCCUUGGUGCAGCUCAGCCUCUCCCCACAGGGCUGGGGCUGAACCUGUUCCUCAUGGGUGGUGCUACAAUGGCCGCGCGCUGUCGCUGCUGUGAGAAGCCACAAACACCCAAGUCAAAGACAGCAGAAGCUCACAGGGACAUUUCCAGGUCCCUCUUGCCCCCGUCAGAGCAUUUCAGCAAUAUGGAGUCAAACUUCACUGCUGACUGCUGGUGACAUUCUGAGACAGCUUUAGAGGAGAUGUGUUCCUGCCUGUGACACCUUCACUGCUGGUCCCCCUCCUGCACCCGCAGGGAAGGCCAGUCUGAUACACCACCCCUCGCCAACCCAAAUCCAUGCCCCUUCCGGGCGAGUCCCGUGACACCAGAAACAGCCACUAAACCCCCGGUGGGUCUGCUGGAAGAACCUGUGAAGCACAGAGAGAUUUGGGGCAAGGACACGCACCAGGGGUAGAGGGUUACACAGAUCAGCCAUAAGGUGUAGCUUAGGGCUUCACACUGGGAAAAGGGAAGGAACAGACCCAGGUGCUUUCCCUGAGACAUAAUUAAUGGUCUGGGAGACAACACACCCAUUGCAAUGGGAAAAUCUGCACGUGAUACACAGAGGGGAACAAGAAGAGGGAAAGAGUGAGUGCACAGAGCUCUGGGUCACCUGGAGUGCUGAGCAAUCAAAAGCAAGACUGCACAGCUAGAGAGGAAAGAUGAGCUGAGGACUCAAUGCAGACAAGUCACACAAUCCAGUAACGAUGAUCUCCCUGGUAUGACAUUGCAGCAGUGGGCUAACAGCACCUUUUCUUGUUAAAAUAGGGAGCAUCACUUAGGGAUAGAAAGACUUAUUUACUUCCAUGUUCAGAUAAGCUACAGUAAUUCAGCAUCAGUGUCUACAAAUCAGGAACAAUCAGCCGCAGAAGAAUCAGAAAAACAACAGUAAUGCAAAUAAAGGAUCAGAAAAUAGAUCUUAAAAGGAGAUAAAUUUCUUUUAAAAAGAGAAAUUUAAGGAAUUACAAGAUCGCAGUUUGUAUGAAUCUACACAAAGAGAAAUUUCUAAACAAAGGAUUAGGAGCAGAAAUUAAAACAUCAGACUAGGAAAAGGGCUCAAAAUCUAAGAGUGAAAAUAAUUAUACACUGAAACAGUGUGUCAACCAUCCCUCACUCCUCUAGUUUUAUUCUACAUUAAUAACCUCUGCAGGACAGAAUUUCAAAUAAACACAAAGGAACGUAGUGCUGUACACACCAAGAUAAUUUUAGAAAAUUCUCCUGCACUGAGCUGUCCAAUUUUUUAAAAGACAACUACAUUUUUGUAUGGGUGCAAAAUAUUGCACUCUGCAAACUCCCAUGGAGAGUCUCCUAAAUGAUAUUUCUUGUUUUCCCAAAAUAAAAUAAAUCAUUAACACUA